CUGAUCACAUACGACUUGCCGGGAUUCGGGCUGAGUGAUCCUAAUCCCAAUAGAACAUUUAACUCUUCCGCACAGGACAUGGAACUCAUUGCCAACGCACUGAGACUCGGCGAGAGGUUUUGGUUGCUGGUACAUCCUGGUGGCGGUCCCUAUGCGUGGGCAGCAAUCAGAUAUAUUCCAGAGCGACUAUCAGGUGUUGUGAUGCUGGCUCCAGUUGGAAACCCGUCUAAGGCCGGGGACGUGAGUGAGAUCGAGGAAGAUGGAACUGAUUCUGAGGAACUGUCGUCCGGAUGGAGGUUCCUAGCACGAGUUCUUGGAAUUGGCCGAUUUUUUCCCAUUCGAAAGGAGUUGAAGAAGAAGAUAACAAAGAUACACAAAGGAUUGUAUACGACUGUAGCUGACAAGGAACAAGUUUUGUUCGAGCAGAGGGAAUUUAUAAAUUUUUGGGAGCAAAACCUACGCUACACAGCGCCAGACGCAGUCCCGAGAGCAGCAGCAGCGCCUAAACCGCCAGCGGCUGAGAGACGGAGCCACCCUGAUUUUAGCAAGUUUUUCAAGAUCAGGCUCAAGUUUCCUUCAGUGCCAGUGCGUCCAGCUUUCCGACUUGUGAAGAGCUUCAUAAUGUGGUGGUGGCCGAGACAAACUAAGAAGGAGCCAACGGAUGAUGCUGCUGUUGCUCCUGAUCCUGCCGUCAGCUUUGGAACGCCGUUGCCUCCAAAUCUACUGAGUGAGACUUGGGAAGCCUUCAAACUCAAGCUCGGCUUAGUCGUGGUGCUGCUGGUGAUCUCGCUCUUGGUCCUCAGAUAACGCACGCACACCUCUCUAGAGCCGAGGUAUGGUUUAACACCUCUCAUUUGUUCGCUUCGCUGUAUAAAAUAUAGAUGUCUGACACUCGAGUCUU